AUGGCUUCCGCGCCACGGAGGAGCUCUGUGGGGAAAGAUCCGGCGAAGGCGUUGAGUGAUUUAGCGUCUGGUUUUGUGGAGAACGUGAAGAGGAACAAGCACAGCUUCUUCCAGUUCUUCGCGAUCUCCGGGAUGUUGCUUCUGAGCUUCCGAUCGAUAAGUCAAAAGUAUCAAAUCCACCAGCUGGAGGAAGAAAUGGUUGUUCUUAAUGAUGAGCGUGACUCUCUGAACGAUCGCAUGAAGCAGAUCAAGAGCAGUCUUCUGCGUCAAGCGACGGUUGAUUCCACCGGCGUCUUUGCUUCUCGUCUCCGUCUUCUUUUCAGCGACGAUGAUCAGUGA